GAACUGCCUGCUUGAUCCGGUCUUCGUCAGCCAACCAGGAAAGAGGGCUUGCCGUGAUCUGGACUGAGGCGGAUGAGACCAGAAACCUUUGUUCUGUCUCUCCUCCCAAUGCGAGAUUAAAAAAAACAAAAAAAAACAAGAGCCUAUCAAUGCGUCCUUCAGACCUGCGCUCGCAUUUUGUGCGUUGGCGACCGGCUAAUGGAUGUUUUAUUAAUCAGAAAUUAGCGGAAUUUAUUUAUUAGGCUCAUAAUCAUUUCCCCCCCCGGUCGCUACAACCAGAGGAGGACACCUGGACGUUUUUUUUGUUUUUUUUUUAUUCUGUCAGCUGCUAAAUGGAAAUAAAACGCGGGGCUGAAAGUGGAAGCAGUCGAGUGUUUCUAUCAGGACUAACUUGAUCUCAUCUCAAGUGCUGGCUUUAUUCCUCCCCCCCAUCACUCCAUCAGGUAAUGAUCUUCCAGUCCACUAUCUACGCCUCCUGGCCCCGCCCUUGCAGCUUUUGUCAGCUGCAGUGUGGCAAGUAGUGCAGCAGGGACUUGUGGACCACUAUGGGAUGCUGGAGGAGUUUGUUACCAUGGUGACAGAGCUGGUCCCAGAGCUGAUGAGCUACAGUCAGAGGGCUCAGCUCAUCCUGGGACUGAGGGCCAGGCUGGUUCUGGAGAUGUGUCGAGGUGAGCACCCAGUGGACAUGCAGACCAUUCAACCACAUCUGGACAGAAUUAAAGCUCCUGUCAGCACUGCCAAGGAUCACCAUGUAACCAUCAACCAGGUGGAGGAAUCGGAGGUGAACUUUGUGGAGUUGGUGCAUUCAUUACUGGAGGAUGACUCUGAAAGAAAAUACUUUUUCCAGGAAAUCUUCCCUGUAUAUUUUGGCCCAAAGUAUGAAGCAGCUCUCGAGAUGCUGGUGUGGGAGUUCAUAUCAAGACUGGAGGAGCUGCUGCCAGUUCCAGACUUCACACAGUUGGCAGCUUUGCUCGGAGACGCGCCGUCAUUCCUAGACGACUGUUUACAAUCCUUUUUCCCGCCAGACGACAUGAAGGCUGUACUUGAACACCACAGAAACCUCGGCCAUUUUGAAGAGAAAGAUCCUAGAUUAUUACCGAUGGAUGACUGCAUCCUCUCCUCCCUGUCUCUGCCUCCUGGGACCAAACCUGUCACAAACGCCACCUCACCUGCUCUCAAAGAUUCAAACCCUCCAGAGCACAAAGGAGCCGUAAACACAAGCAGUCUGGAGAGGGCCGGCAGAAGGAGCUCUGAGACAGCGAGACGGAAGGAGACGAGGGACUCGGGCAGUUGGCAGCUGCAAGUUAGAGGCGGGAACAUUUCUCAGGAGAGGAAUGCGCAAAACUCAAUUAGUACACAACCAUGUGAUGAAACCAUAGACCUCACUAUGUCUAAUGAGACUGCGGACACAGAUUCAGCAGCCGAUGACAACAGCCAAAGCUUGAGAGGAGGGCGGGUUCUCAGGAAGAGGAAGUUGAGCGGAGGUGUGGACAUUCCCACAAAACAGCCUGCUGAGGCGACAGCUUUCUUGGAUUCGUCAAUGGAGGAAGAGAAUUCAGGUGAAUCUCCUCUGAUCUCGAUAUGGGGAGAAUAUACAGACUCUCAGGAAGGUUCAUUCCCAGUUGUAACAGACACAAAGGUUCCUUGGUCGGACGAGGAGACACUAAAUCUGCUCGACAUCUGGGGGAAGGACUCGGUGCAGCGGGCUUUGAAGGGCUGCUUGAAGAACCGUCACAUAUUCACACAGAUCGCACAGAAGAUGGCAGAGAGAGGCUACAUGAGAACUGUGGAACAGUGCCAGACCAGGGUCAAACGACUGAAGAAAUGCUUUCGCCAGAACAACAAAGGGAACUCAAGGCUGGAGUAUAAAUUUUAUGAGCAGCUGAAGCGGGUACUCGGCUCCUCAGCUCCCUCCACUGUUCCUGAGGUCACCUAUGACGUAGAAGAGGUCGUCGAUGAAGACGAGUCCCAAGACGGCGACGAGGACUUGCAGUUUCUCGGCCAUACGAGCCGACUGGAAAUCGGAACUAGAAGCGUUCCGUGGACAGACUUGGAGACGCUGGCCCUCAUCAACACGUGGGGUGAAGACAAGAUGCAGCAGGAACUGAGAGGAAUCCACAGAACCGGACACAUGUUCUCCAUCAUAUCCAACAAGAUGGCUGCCCAGGGCUUCUCCCGAACACCAGAGCAGUGCCAAACAAGACUGAAAAGGCUGAAAUCAAGUUUCAGGCAAUGCUACCAAAACAACAUGAAGGGACAGGAACAAGUUGUGUGCAAGUUUUACAAUGAACUGGGAAGAAUUUUAGUGAAGGACUUCCCUAUAGUGCCACAAGUGGAUGAAAUGCCAGGAGAGCCCGAAGAUGACUUCACCUCCUUCUCCCAUCAGGAUAUCGAGUCUGCUGUGGGCGUUCAGGAAGAUAGGAAGAAAGUCCCGUGGUCAGACAAAGAGACCAUCAUCCUUCUGGAAAUCUGGGGAGACCCACAGGUCCAGGAGUGCAUGAGACGCUACCCACACAACGGUCACAUUUUUACCGAAAUAUCAGAGAGACUCGGCGCCAACGGCUACUCCCGCAGCGCCGAGCAGUGCCACACCAGGAUCAAACGACUGAAAGCCAACUAUCGGCAGUGUCAGGAAAACAUGAGCUCAUCUGGGACCGACAGAGUCGACUUUAAAUUCUAUGAUUUGCUGGAACAAAUCCUGGACAAGCAGCCGUCAACAUCUUCCAUCCUUGUGACAGACUCCAUCGAAAUAUCCGAAGACUCAAAUGGUGAAUCAGUGACUGAAACAGAUGGAGAAAUCAGCAUGUCAACAGAAAAAACAGCACCUAGCUUGUGGUCAGAUGAGGAGACCCUGGCGCUUAUCGAGAUCUGGGGCGACGAAGACGUUCAGAGGGCGCUGAGGGGUUCAGUCCACAACGGACACGUUUACGCCGACAUUUCGGAGAGAAUUAAAGACCUCGGCUACUCGAAAACCUCGGAGCAGUGCCGCUGGAAGGUGAAGUCACUGAGGAACAACUUUCGACAGUGCUACGAUAAGAAGAAGUGUGGAAGAAGAGUAGAUUAUAGAUUCUUCAAGCCGCUGGAACAAAUACUUGGACAGGAGGCGGUUUCUAUUGAUGAGUAUGAUGAAAGAGACGAGCAGGCGGACCAGGAUCCAGUAGGUCCAGAUGGCGUGAACACAGCGUGGACGGAACAGGAGACGGUUACUCUCGUCGAGGUGUGGGCUGCAGACGACGUGCAGCACAGCCUGAAAACCUGCGUCCGCAACGGGCACAUAUUCGCAGACAUAGCUGAGAAAAUGACCGCCAUGGGAUACCCGAGGACGGCGGAGCAGUGCCACUCCCGGAUCAAAAGGUUGAAGAAGACUUACAGGCGCUACUGCAACACCCGGAGAAACGGAGGGCGGCCCGUGGCGUUUAGAUACUUCCACCUCCUGGCUCCGGUGCUCGGUGAUAACUCUGUGUACGUUGACGUGGACAGUAUCGCUGCUAACGCCACCGAGCAACCCCUUAUGGACAAGGACCCUGACAUGUACGAGCAGCCCUCAGCCAGCCACCCCCAGGCCGACCUCAGCAGAAAGAUGCCCUGGUCGGACCAGGAGACUCGCACCCUGCUGGAGAUCUGGGGCGAAGACUCGGUCCAGCUCACAAUGAGGGGCUGCCUGAAGAACCGCCACAUGUUUGUGUACAUCUCUGAGAAGAUGAGCGACCGAGGAUUCAUAAGGACCUCAGAGCAGUGCUACUCCCGUAUUAAGCGCCUUAAACAUGGCUUCCUCCAUGAAAAGGAGGAAUUCAAAUUUUUCAGCGAGAUGGAUGAAAUCUUCAGGAGGGAGCUGAAAGUGGACGUCACAGUUGCAGACACGUCGGUCACAGAUGAGCCGGAGGACUACACGCUAGGGCCUGCUCAAAAGAAAGGUACCCAGUGGAUGGCUGACAGCACCAAGCUGCCCUGGAGCGACGGGGAGACAGAGGCCCUCCUGGAUAUAUGGGGGAGUGAGGAGAUCCAGGAGACCUUGAAGGGCUGCACCAAGAACAAACACAUCUUCAUCCAGAUCUCUGAGGUCAUGGCUAGCCAGGGCUACCUGCGCACUCCUGAACAGUGUCAGACCAGGAUAAAGAGGCUCAGGGCCAAUUUCCGACACUUCCUCGAAGGCAGAAAAGGAGAGAAACAGGAAUGCAAGUUCUUUGACCAGCUGGUGCAGAUAUUUGGCAGCAAGUAUGUAAUAAACUCAGACCCUCUGGCCGACGAUACAGCCGAUGGCGUAGAGACCUGAAACUGUCCAUCAUCCACGGAGUGAUCAAGAGGUCACAGCAGCUGCAGACCAACAAAGGAACAUCCAGAGGAGAAAAAACAAGGGCAUUCAUACAGAUAACAGAAGAAGGUCUGUCCAGGCUCACUCAGAUCUAUGUUUGCCUCUGUAUAUACUUCAAAUACUUUUACAUUCUUCAUACACACAGACCAGGCUGUGUGUGUGUGUAGGCGUGCGUGUGUGUGUGUGCGUGUGUGUGUGUGUGUUUGCAUCCCUCCACCAGAGUGUAUGACAUAGAGCCAUGACACUACAACCGGGAAGCUCAGGGCUCGAGGGACACAAAUUGAUCUCUGAUCAUGACCUGGUGGGAGUCUCAGAAAAUGCUGUGCUCCUCCAGAAAAACACGUUUUUACUGCUGUUUAAUUAUUUUUUACUUGAACUGAAAUCGAGUGAUUCAAAGCACAUGCAAAAAAAAAUACACGCAAGGCCUCUAUUACUGUAACCACAGCGUACAUUUGCUUUUUUGUCUUAAUUCAGGUCUCUCUUCUGUUCUUGCACUUGUUUACAAUGUUUGUGAGUGGUGAACUCUUUUAAUUUAUAAAGUUAAUGGUUAUUUUAUUUUUUUUUACACUGUAUGAGUUGAUCCUGUCCAGAAUUUUUAUUUAUUUAAAUUAUUGUUUACGUGUGUAUUUUACAAUUUACUUUGAAUAUGUUAUACUUCAAACUUUAUUGAAGCACAUUUUUCCACAAAGAUGUAAAAGGUUUUGUCACAUCUAUUAAAAGAAACUUGAAAUGUUUGAUUGAAAA